UACGUGUAUAUAAAGACGGGAACUGAGCGAGACGUGUCAGACUGCAUCUUGCUGUCUAAAGAGGUGAUAUUUCACAAUGAGGCGUGCUGCAGCUUUUCUGGCGUUGCUGCUCUGUCUGUACUGGACGACGGCUCAGGGUGAGAGCAGAGGGCUGACAGAGAAUGAUGUCACUCAGACAGAUGAUCAGAAUGAGAUCCUGAGUGUUAAAGCAACCAGCGAUCAGACUAACAUCUCCCCUGAUAUCUGGGCUGAGCUGAAGGCGCUGAGAGACAUGGUGAUCCAACACAGUCUGGAGCUGAGGAAGCUGGAGCAAGAGAAUACAGCCAUACAGGCCAGACUGACAGCCAGUGAAAACAAGAAUGCAGUUUUGGAGGCCAGAAUAAACACCAGUGACAACAAAGUGGAGGAGCUCGAGAGAGAGAACACAGAUCUUCUAGCCAGAGUAACAGCAACAGAAAAUAAGAGCACAGUUUUGGAGACCAGAUUGAACGCCAGUGAAAAUUUGGUCAAGGAGCUCCAGAGAGAGAACAGCGUUUUGGAGGCCAGAUUGAACACUGCUGAAAACAUGUUGGAGGAGCUCAAGAGGAAGAACACUGGUAAGCUGCCAUUGACCUCCUUUACAAUAAAAAUGAUGAAUGUGUUCACAGUGCUGGAGGCCAGAAUGAGCUCCAAUGAAAACGAGGUGGAGGAGCUCAAGAGAGAGAAUGCAGAACAACCGAAGGUGGCGUUUUCUGUCGGCCUUACUGACGCAGGAUAUGUUGGACCCUUCAGUACUGACAUGACACUUAAGUUCAGUAGAAUUCUUACCAACGUCGGCCAGGCUUAUGACCCAACUACAGGUUUCUUUACAGCCCCAGUCAGAGGAACCUACUACUUCAGAUUCAAUGGGUUUGAAACACGGCCUUUAGCCUUAAUAGGUAUUAAACUGUAUCACAAUAACAAUAUAAUUCACAUAGCUCAUGAUGCAAAUGAUGACAUUGCUUUUGUCAAUGUGUCUAAUGGAUUUGUUCUUCAACUGGAAAAGGGAGAUGUGAUCUAUCUGGUUCUCUGGUCAGGCUACGGUGUUUAUGAUGAUCCCUUUAAUUAUACCACUUUUAGUGGAUUCCUACUUUUUGCUAUGUGAAGUCUGCUGUAAAAACAACCACAGUUGAUUGCAUGAAGUC